AUGGCUGCCGAUGUGAAGGUGUCCCGCUGGUAUUUCGGCGGCGUCGCUUCGUGCGGCGCUGCCUGUUGCACGCACCCGCUGGACCUGAUCAAGGUGCACCUGCAGACACAGCAGGAAGUGAGGAUGAGGAUGAUGGGUAUGAUGGUGCAUGUGGUGCAGAGGGAAGGGGUCCUGGCUCUGUACAGUGGGCUCAGUGCCUCCCUCUGCAGGCAGAUGUCAUACUCUCUGACCCGCUUUGCCAUCUAUGAGACAGUCCGGGACAUGAUGGGAGGCACGGGUCAGGGCCCCAUGCCAUUCUACCAGAAGGUCUUACUGGGCGCAUUUGGAGGGUUUACCGGUGGAUUUAUUGGGACUCCAGCAGACAUGGUGAAUGUCAGGAUGCAGAACGACGUGAAGCUGCCGCCCGAGCUCAGGAGGAACUAUGCCCAUGCUCUGGAUGGAAUGUUCCGUGUUUGGAGAGAAGAGGGACUGAGGAAGCUCUUCUCUGGAGCCACUAUGGCCUCCAGCAGAGGGGCGCUGGUCACCGUGGGACAGCUCUCCUGCUAUGAUCAGGCUAAGCAGCUGGUCAUGGGCACUGGGGUUAUGUCUGACAACAUCCUCACCCACUUCCUGGCCAGCUUCAUCGCGGGAGGCUGUGCUACCUUCCUCUGUCAGCCUCUGGACGUCAUGAAGACCAGGCUGAUGAACUCUAAAGGGGAGUAUGGGGGGGUAAUUCACUGCCUGACUGACACUGCCAAACUGGGGCCCAUGGCCUUCUAUAAGGGCCUUGUUCCGGCUGGGAUCCGCCUGGUCCCCCACACUGUGCUGACCUUCAUCUUCCUGGAGCAGCUGCGCAAGUACUUUGGCAUCAUCAUCAUGACAUGACUGUGACCUCCGACCUCCAACCUCACCAUCACGCCUGCUGACACUCCUGUCCCUGACUCCUGCAGGGUGGAAAGCUAGUCACCCCCUCUCUCUCUCCCUCUCCCUCUUCCUCUCCCUCUC